AUGCGCAAAGACGAAGAACCACGGUUCGAAGAUCUGGCGAACUUCAUUGAAAAACCUGUUUACAUUGCUUGUACUCUUUUCGGUGAAUUAGCGACUAUUUUAAGAGGAGAUGGUGAAAAUCGGCAGUCUGGUACCACACAAAGGUUUUCAAACAAUCUUCAAAGGAACGUGCAUGUUUCUAACACCAUGGAAGUAAACGAUCAUCGCGCCCCUGUCCCGCGCAGUUGUACGAUCUGUGGAGAAUAUCAUUAUCCAGACAAAUGUACUAUACGAGCGAUUGUAUAUGAGCUCAAACUGUGCCGUCAUGGUCUAAAAGCCAAUCAUAUCGCCAGGAACUGCAGGUCACCUUGUGGCUGUACAAUCGAAGCAUGUGACAGAAGAACACAACACUUUACCACAUCAAGAUGA